AUGGACAACAACAGCCACCUCGCCCAGCAGGUCAACAGCAGCAUCGCCCAGCUGCACGGCCUGCUUGACGAGAUUGGCGUCCCCAGCCAUGAGCGCGAGGCCCGAGAGUCCGAGCUCUUCGCCGCGCUGUCCGAGGCCCUCGAGAGCCAGGUGCGCCUCGUCACGGCCGAGAAAAGGGGCAUGGUCGACGAGGCCAAGAAAUGCAUCUCCACAAUCCGCCAGAUGGAAGCGUCCCUCGACGGCUCAAAGCAGUCCCGGAGAUCCUACGACGACGACGACGAGCUACACAUCACCUAUCCCCUGACGCGCUGCCUGCAGCUUCUUAGGGAGAAGCACAUUCAGAUCAGCCGCCUCCACAAGGAGCGCUUCGAGCAGGUUAAGAAGCUCGUCGAGGCGCUCGAGUCGUAUUCAUCGCAUCUCGAGCCCACCUUUGUCCAGAUCGCUCUCCCUCCCACGGGGCCCAACCAGUCCGCCCCGCCAAACUUCGACCUGUCGCCCGCCUAUGUUGACCGCCUCGACGCCGAGUUCACCCGCGUAUACGACGAGUACACGCGCCGCCUCGCCUCGGUCCAGACCCUGUCCGAUCACAUCAUCCAGCUGUGGGCCGAGCUCGGCGUCCCCCAGGCGCAACAGGACGGCGCCAUCGUCAAGUACUACCGCGACGCUCCCGAGCAGCUCGGCUUGCACCAAGAGGACAUCAACCGCCUGCAAGCAAAGCGCGACCGCCUCGCCGAGGAGAAGAGGAGCCGCGAGAAGCGCCUGCGCGACCUCCGCACCGCCGUCGAGUCCCUGUGGGCCAAGCUCGACGUCGACGAGGGCGAGACCAAGGCCUUCUUGAACCAGAACCGCGGCUGCGGCGUGCGCCAGAUCAACGAGUUUGAGGAUGAGCUGGCGCGCCUCAACGAGCUGAAGCGCCAGAACCUCCACCUCUUCGUCGAGGACGCCCGCGUCAAGCUCCAAGAUCUCUGGGAUGCCCUCUACUUUUCCGAGGACGAGAUGCUCGAGUUCACGCCCGCCUUUUCCGACGUCUACAGCGACGCGCUGCUCGAGGCGCAUGAGCGCGAGGUGGCGCGACUCGAGUCGCUCCGGGAGCAGCGCGCCCCAAUGCUGGGCCUCGUCGACAAGCACAAGACCUUGAUACAUGACCGGGACGAGCUCGCGGCCUCGAGCCAGGACGCCUCACGCCUCAUGAUGCGCGGGCAAAAGGGCGAGAAGAGGGACCCCGGGAAGCUGCUGCGCGAGGAAAAGAUGCGCAAGCGCAUCGCUAAGGAGCUGCCCAAGGUCACCGUCGACGUGCGCAAGGCCCUCGCCAAGUGGGAGGACGAGUAUGGCCGGCCGUUCCUGGUGUUUGGCGAGCGGUACCUGGACGAGCUUGAUGCCGACGAGGCCCGGAAGCCUGCGCCCACGACGCGGUCCAAGACUCCCGCCGGGCCCCCGCCGUCGACGGCCAAGGCAGCGCCCAAGUCGGGCGGGCUGAACCGGGCCAACAGCACAAAGUCGGUGCCCCCGCGCACCAUGACGAGGACGCCAACGGCAAGCGGGCCGCCGCCCAGCAAGGGCCAGGCACAGUGCCAAGGCCAAGGCCAGAGCCAUGACCCCCCGGCGAAGGGAGCCAACCCGCAGGGCAGCCCGUCGAGGAUACCCGCGCGCGUCCCGCUCUCCAGCCUGAAGCACGGCGGCAACUCGCCCGAGCGUCCCCGGCCCGAGUCAAGGACCGAGACUCUCCGCAACGGCGCACCCCUGCGGGCUCCGCCGCCCAAGAUGCGCGACCUGGGAUCGGUGCCGGAACUAGAGGCGCCGGUGCAGUCGUACAAGUCGGCCGGCAUGGGAGGCGGCAUCGUCCGCCAGGUAGAACCCGAAGACGUCUACGAUGACGGCGCGCGCGCCAGGUCACGGACCGAUUCGAAUCUGUCUCACCAGAGGCAGCGCAGCCACCACGACGAAGAGGUCCAAUACGACGACAGGCGCUAUGCGACCUUCCGAGGGCAUCCGGGAUACGCGCCGGCACCGCCACCGAGACACGUCUCCAACACGUCGUCCAACACAUCGACAGCCAUUUCGGGGUCUGAGAACUGGGAGACGUACGACGACAACAGCGAGCCGGAACCGGAUGCAUGCGAAGCCUACUACGCCAAAGUGCGGGCGGCUGCUCACGGGAAGCGGUACGAGCCGGAGACGGGCCCGGGGCUCAGCAGCCAGGCUAAGCGCUCGCGCGGGAUCCCGCCGCCGGCAGGAUACAACGGGCCUGUCAUGAUCGACCAGGACGGCAACCGUAUCGUCUCGGGGAGCGAGUGGACCGACGAGGACGCCUUUUAA